AUGUCUCGACCAAUUGAUAGUAUUAGUGGUUCGCAGGAGCUCUCCCAAGCACAAGAAGAUAUCCUGCGCAAAGAAAUCAAUUGCCUAUGUGCAACUAUGCUUUUGCAAUUUGACUCACGUCUUGGAACUUUGUACCUGAGAGAGCUCCAUCUCAAUGGUAAUUGGACCAAUGUACCGGUGGCUAUUCAAUACUUAGAUGAGAUCGUGUUCUCCAGGGCAGAUAUAAGCUACAUCCUAGAACAAAUUUCGUCUCUUUCAUUACCCGUGCAUGGACAUCGGCUUCAAUUACGCGACUUUGCGCAGGCAGCUUUCACUGGCGACUUUGAUAUGGGUGUUUCUUCCUAUGAAAUAACCAUUGUUUAUGCAGCAAUUAAACUGCCCCUCGCAACCUCAAACAGACUGGUUCUUGCCUAA